CAACAGGAUAGUUAAGAGAGCAGUGACAAGCGAGCUGCCAAUGGACCGACCGACUCAGAUGGUUUAGCAACUGGGACGGGGCAUCUUUAUUCAGUAUUAUCGGACCGAGAUUUAGUUUUCAUUGUUUUAAUUCAGAUGUAUUAAGAAGGGCGUCCAGAAAAACGAGCGGUAUCACAGACUCUUCAUCCAGCGUUUCAGCCGUUGCAGUCCUUGUACCAACAAACAAAAUCUCGUCGUGCUCUGUUUCAAGGAGGAAACUGUCACCUCUGUUUCGACGGUAUCUGCAUCAUCGCCUGAAACUGCCUUAAUCCGCCUUUAUCCUUUCAUACUGCGCACGAAAAGGAAGAAAAUCUGCAAACUUGGAGCUCGCAGUAGGCUGCCAUUGCUGCUUAGCUAACAGGGCUAUUUGAAGAACUUUGUUGUAAAGCCCCCGUUAUCAACUCUGGAUAUCAACCGUGUUCUCUUCCCCUUCAUGCAGGCGUGUGUUUAUAGCUCCACACGGGAAAUGAAGUUUAUAGUAUUUUUUGUAGUUGCAAAAGUUAGCUAAUAUCUUGCUCGUCUGCAAGCCAUGCUAGUGUUUUUAACUUGUACAUAAAUGUACCGUAUCUUCUCAUCGGGUGUUGUCUGGCUCUCCCCACUGCACCACCAACAGACUGCUGCUUGUGUCCUAACACGUUUAGGACAAAAAAAAACAUUUUUAAUCUUUCACAGAUUUUUUUGAUAAAACAAUAAUGGGAUCGCUAAAGGCCCUACAAGAGUGGUGUCGGAUACAGUGUGAAAAUUACAACGAUGUGGAAAUAAGGGACAUGACAACGUCCUUUCGGGACGGCAUGGCAUUUUGUGCCAUAAUACAUCGUUACAGACCAGAUCUUAUAGACUUUGACUCGCUGUCUAAAGAAAAUGUUUACGAGAACAACCAACUGGCAUUUGAAGUGGCCGAGACACAACUAGGGAUUCCAGCCCUGCUGGAUCCAGAAGACAUGGUGUCCAUGAAAGUGCCUGACCGGCUUAGCAUCAUCACAUAUGUGUCCCAGUACUACAAUUUUUUCAACAACAAGUCGCAAGCAAACCCCCCUUGUAUGAAGAGGCUGAGUGCACUCAGUCAUAAUGAACCAGCUCAGAAAAGGCCUCCAACCCCUUUAGAAGACAAAAUGGUUGAAACUGAGCCAAUCCAGUCCGAUCAGACAGGUGCGGAGGCAGCGACUACGGUCAAGCUGCGCUCUCUGAGCAGCACCUGCGCUGCCUGUCAGAAACACGUCCACCUGGUGCAGAGGUUUCUGGUGGAUGGCAAGCUCUACCAUCGAAACUGUUUCAGGUGCACCGAGUGUCGCAGCACUCUGCUUCCUGGAUCCUACAAAGGAAACGAGUCAGGAGCAUUGGUCUGUACACGUCAUCUUACGAGGCAUGCCUUAGCCAAUCAGAAUGGUCGACCAGAUCUUAGUAAGAGACCAGCGGCAGUUCAUCCUGCUAGGAUUGGUCGCAGCACGGUUCAUGACACCGGACCCUCUGAAAGGGAUCAGGCAAAGACUCCUUCUCCUGUAGGGCAAACAAAUACUGACAUGCCAACCAGUGACUCUGUUUCAGCUGCUCCCGAAAUAACAAUCAAAGAAGAUUCUCUGGAUAAAACGAAGGAGAUGGAUGGCAGUAGAGAGACAGAGGAGAAAUCGCGCCCUUCCUCUCCUCCAAACCCUUUCGAUGAGAGCGAUGAAGAGAACAAUGUGGAAGGAGAAACAGAAACGCCAGCUCAUUGUACAUCUGAAGGGGACUUGCCUUCUACACCUCAUGUUGAAGCACCCAGUCGACCGAUACCUGCACCCCGAAGAGUCUCUGAACCAAUGGCUCCACCUCGCCCUGCCCCUCGUGCUCGGCUGGCCCCCGCAGCAAACGGCCUCACAGUCGAUGAAAAGCUGAAGCCUCCAACUCCUCCUAAACCUCGAGAACGAUCCCAGUCUCCUGGCAGUGGAACCCAUAAACCUAAAGACCCACCUUGGCUUGCCCUGGUCCAAUCAGAACCCAAGAGGAAGAAAGCUCCUCCCCCACCCCCACCUGGACAGGCAACACCUCCAAAAACAGGUUCUAUGUCUUCUCUCCAAGGGGAGAGCUCCAGACCCAGCACUCCCCCACAGCCCUCCAACCCGUUUGAGGAUGACGAUGAUGAAAAUGGUGAGGUAAAUGAAGAAGAAGGGAGCGAAGGAACAGUUCCAUCCACUGUGGCAGCUAGUCAUCCAUGGUACAAAAUCACUCAAGCGGCUGACACAGCAGGUACAGAAACUACAGGGAGCUCGUCCCGCUCUGCCAGUCCUGGAAGUGCUAAGAGCAAGAAAAGACCGGCACCUCGUGCUCCACAGCCCCCUGCUGGUAAACAAGUUCUGUCUCACUCUCAGCCCUCCUCCUGUUCUCCCUCUCCAGCUCUCAGUAUUGAGAGUUUAUCUUCUGGCUCAGACCACAGCUCCUCCCAGCUCCCUUGGGGUGGCAGUGCCAGCAGUGACCAGGAACAAGGCUUCACCAAAAGCGUCUCAGAGCCUUCCAUCUGUUCCCCCUGCGACAACUCCCCUUCCUCAGCUGAUUGCCUGCAUCAAACAUCCUCAAACCCUUGUCCCUCGUCUGUGCUGUCAAAUGCCAGCUCAGCUCCAGCCACACCACAGACCAGUCGCAACUCGGAGGCCAAAGGUACUGGAGCCCAACCACCACGGCCAACUGCAACCCCCAGCCCGCUGGCAACACAGACACACAAGAAGCAGAUAUGUAAAGAGAACCCCUUCAACAGGAAAGCUUCCCCCUCCCCUGCUAAAUCUGGAACCAGACCUCCAAGAGGCCCUCGUCCUGCCAGACCCCCUGCACCCGGACAUGGCUUCCCACUUAUCAAACGCAAGGUGCAGUCAGAUCAUUACAUCCCAGUAGAAGAUAUCCACGUGGAGAUGGUUCAGCUGGAGAAGCAGCUGGAUGAGUUGGAGCACAGGGGAGUGGAGCUGGAGAAGAAGCUGAGAGACAACCCUAAUGAUGAGGAUGAGGAGCACCUGCUGGUGGACUGGUUCACUCUGAUUCACGAUAAACACCUUUUAGUACGACGUGAAGCUGAGCUGGUCUACACGGCGAAGCAGCAGAACCUGGAGGAGAGGCAAGCUGAUGUGGAGUAUGAGCUGAGGUGUCUUCUCAACAAACCAGAGAAAGACUGGACUGAGGAGGACAAGAGUCGGGAACAGGAGCUAAUGGCUGAUUUGGUGACCAUCAUCGAACAGCGUAACCAAAUCGUUAACAACAUGGACCAGGACCGGCAGAGGGAAGAAGAAGAAGACAAGCUUAUGGAGGCCAUGCUGAAGAAAAAAGACUUUCACAAGGAUCUGGACAGUGACCACCAAAAGAAGAAAGGGGCAAAGUUUAAACCCAUUAAGGUGCUGAAGAGGCUUAGCCAUAAAGGAGAACCAGGAAAAAGCCACAGCCCUCGAAAAGAGAAAAGCUGAGGAGCAGAGGACUCCGCUAGCUCAGGAGGACUUUAAGCUAUUUUAACAAUACUAUGUAUUUAAGAUGAUGAGAGAAAAGAACCGACUUUAACUGUCUCAUGAGUCACUUGCAGCCAUGAAUUCGCUCUCACUUAUGACUCUUCUAUAACAAGCAUCGCUGGUGACUAUUUUCAGCUGCCUUUGUGUGUUUUAAAGAGAUACUCUGACAACUUAAGUACUUUAUGAGCUUUAACCGCUGAAUAGUCAAGCUUAGUGUUGGGCAGUUGUUUAUUACUCGAUAACUGUGUUCAGAAAGCUCUCGUCAAGGUUUAGAAAAGGUCUGAUUUGUCACUUCAUCUCUUCAUAUACAAGUUUUUAAUGGUUUUGCUCUAAUCUUGCACUCCUUGAAUGCCCCGCUUCCCUACUUCUUUUUUUCAUGUCUGGUUUGAACCUGUGGUACUUGUAAAGGUUUUUGCUUUAAGUUGCAGCGUAUAUUCUUCAAUCAGCAACGCAUACCUAAACACUUCUAGCUGCUAUAAUGUGUUUUUCUUGUGUGGUUGUCAUUUGUGUACACAUGAGGAAGCAGAAGAUGGAAACAGUAUUUAUGACCUUACGGGGUCUGAGAUGAGAAAAUUGUUGAAGUAUGUCUGAUAGUUUUUAUAAGAUAGAUCCCACAUGCCAUCAAUAGAAAAACAAAGAAUAUCAACUAACAGAAUACAAGUUCAAAACAGUUUUAACAUGUGGAAAUGUAGAGGCGAGGGGCUACAUAUGCAAUCACUAAUUUGUACUUUACUAUGCCUUUGCUGUUUAGAGUUGCCUUAAUAGGAAAAAUGCAUAAUGAUACUGUUUUAGUGCCAUUUAUUUAAGUUCAUACGUAUGUUGAUGAACGUCAUUGCAGUUCAUGUAAAGUCUUUAUGUUUACUCUCUUCAUUCCUGUUUUGUCUUCUAGAUAAUGUAUUUGCUCUCCAUUGCAAAUGGUAAUUUGUUGUGUUUGUGUUUCUGCUCUGUGCCUAAUGUCAUGUCCAGCUGGAACCAAGGGCUUUUGUAGCACAUUUUCUGUCCGAUAUACUGUCUUCAACCAGCAGCAGUUAUUUUGAGUACUGACACUGAUAGGGAGAAGAAUAAAAUAAGUUCCUGCAACUUGA